UUUUCUCCUUCUCCAGUUAAACCUGUCCAAAAUUGAGGAACCUAUCCAGGUCAGAACUGGCAACUCUAAUUUACUCAGAUGUCUUUCUACAGGAGAUUCAUAUAUUUGCUAAUGCUCACUGAUACCUUCACUGGUUAGAUCAAGGCAUUCCCCACCCCAUCUGAACAAUGUUUACCAGAAGAAACAACUCCUCAGUUUGGGAAAUCUAAAAGCCUGCAAAGCGACAAGGGCCCAUCUUUCACAGCAGGCAUAUCCCAACACCUAUCCUCAGCUUUAGGAAUCCAAUAUGAGCUUCAUUCUGCGUGGAGACUGCAGUCCUCUGGAAAGGUGAAAGGGCUAAUCCUACUCUAAAGAAAACUAGCUAAAUCAGAGGCCUAUCUCUAACACCCAUAGCUUACUGUGGGUUUGAACUGCUCCAAAGUGAAACUUAUAAUGAAGUCCUGUUGAGUUAACAUACGGAAGGCCUUUCCUAACCACAGGUUUCCUAAUAGAGGACAGGACUCAUCAAUUACAAAAAUAUGUCAUCAAUCUAGGACAGGUGCAAAGGCACUCUGUGAGUGUGGAAACUAGAGUCCUCCCCUCCCACAUGGGAGGAAAAUUCAGUUUCAGAUCAGCUAGGGAUUUAGUCUUACUAAAGACGUGGGAGGAAGUUAUCCAGCUGACCAGCUUUCCCCAACAUGGAAAACGACCAUAGCAGGGACACCUCAGCUCCCCAACAGAGGUUCAACGCCAAGGGACUCACAGUUCUGGGAGGUGAUCUCUGAUGAACACGCCAUCGACUCCGCGGGCACCUACCACGGGGACAGCCGCCUGCAGCUGGAGCGCAUCGACGUGUACUACAACGAGGCCAGCGGUGAGACCCCCGACCUCCCCCACCGCCCUCCUGGGAACGCGGCCCUCCCCUCGCUCAUGCCCCCCGCCCCUCUCAGGUGGCAGGUCAGUGUGGGGCUGGAAACAACUGGGCCAAGGGGCACUACACAGAAGGCGCGGAGCUGAUGGAGUCAGUGAUGGACGUUGUCAGAAAGGAGGCUGAGAGCUGUGACUGCCUGCAGGGUUUCCAGCUGACCCACUCCCUGGGUUGGGGGACAGGGUCUGGGAUGGGCACCCUUCUGCUCAGUAAGAUCCGGGAGGAGUACCCAGACAGGAUCAUAAACACAUUCAGCAUCCUGCCCUCGCCCAAGGUGUCAGACACGGUGGUGGAGCCCUAUAAUGCCACCCUCUCGGUCCACCAGAACAUAGAAAACGCGGAUGAGACCUUCUGCAUAGACAAUGAAGCAUUAUACGACAUCUGUUCCAGGACCCUGAAACUGCCCACGCCCACCUAUGCUGACCUGAACCACCUGGUGUCUGCCACCAUGAGCAGGGUCACCACGUGCCUGUGCUUCCCAGGCCAGCUGAAUGCUGACCUGCGGAAGCUGGCCGUGAACAUGGUCCCAUUUCCCCGGCUGCAUUUCUUCCUGCCUGGUUUUGCCCCACUGACCAGCCGGGGCAGCCAGCAGUACCGGGCCCUGACAGUGGCUGAGCUUACCCAGCAGAUGUUUAAUGCUAGGAAUAUGAUGGCCGCGUGUGACCCCCGCCAUGGCCGCUACCUAACGGCGGCUGCCAUUUUCAGGGGUCACAUGCGCAUGAGGGAGGUGGAUGAACAAAUGUUCAACAUUCAAAAUAAGAACAGCAGCUACUUCGCUCACUGGCUCCCCCACAACGUCAAAACGGCCGUCUGUGACAUCCCACCCCGGGGGCUAAAAAUGUCAGCCACCUUCAUUGGGAACAACAUGGCCAUCCAGGAACUCUUCAAGCGUGUCUCAGAGCAGUUUACAGCAAUGUUCCGGCGCAAGGCCUUCCUCCAUUGGUAUACCAGUGAGGGGAUGGAUGAGAUGGAAUUUACCGAGGCAGAGAGCAACAUGAACGACCUGGUUUCUGAGUAUCAACAGUACCAGGAUGCCACAGCCUAGGAGGAGGAGUUUGAGGAGUAUGCUGAGGAGGAGGAGGAGGCCUAGAACUUUCCUUUUCUAGGUAAAGGGGGGAAGCAGUGUGGAUUCUUUACUGCGUUCUGACUGCCAUGUGUCACUAUGCACUUGUUCCCGUCUUCACCUCUCCUCCUGCUGCAUUUUAAAGCAUGUUUAUAGUAUAUGGUUUUGCCUAAUAAAGUAUUCUCGUAGCA